AUGACCAACACUACCAACCGUGAACUGCGUCGCAAGCCGCCAACAUUCUUUCCCCGACGAAUUACGGCAAUAUUGCACAUGCCUCCGAAGCGCAAAGCAGCCGCCAGCGGUGGUGCCGCGCCCAAGGCCCGCCAGUCCAAGCUCGCAAAGGAGCACAACGUCACCCCGCAGGAGGAGGGCGAGAUCCGUGAGGCGUUUAGCCUCUUUGCGGAGCCCAUGGACGGCGAGAAGCAUGGAGUUCUCCCCAUUGACGAUGUCAAGUCUGCGCUGAUAGCGCUCGGUGUACCGGCCUCCUCUCCCGAAGAGCUCAAAGAGUUCAUCUCCAUCCUCGACCCCGAAUCCGACGGCUACGCGACCUUCGAACCCUUCUUCGCCAUCUGCGCGCUCAAAUUCCACACCCGGGAGCACAACUCUGACGCCCACCGCGCCGAGGUGGAGGAAGCUUUCCGACUCUUCACAAACGGACAGGACGGACCGAUCACGCUGGCGCACCUCCGCCGUGUAGCCGCGGUCCUGAAGGAGGAUGUCGAUGAGGAGCUGCUCAAGGAUAUGAUUCUCGAGGCAAAUGGCGGCGUGGGCGUUGCCAGGGGCGUGGGCGUCGACGAGUUUGACGGGGUCAUGAAGAGCGCCGGAGUCUGGAGGUGA